AUAUUUAAACUCUGAGAGAGUCAAUGGCUUCAACACACACCUCUCCAUAGCUUGAAGCAAAGCUUCCACUUUCUCUGCCUUCACAGUUCACACCCAUCAAAUUCUGGAGAUUUGCAGAAAACCCAGAAAAAAAAAAAUUAAGAACAGAUUCUGGAGAUUAGACAAGAGGAGCCAUGAGAAGCAGCAACCAUUUGAUAGGUCUGAUGAACUUCUUGACAUUCCUGGCAUCAAUCCCUAUUCUGGGGGGAGGGAUAUGGCUGAGCAGCAGAGCCAACAGCACAGAUUGCAUGAAGUUUCUUCAAUGGCCGCUCAUAAUCAUUGGGGUGGCAAUCAUGGUGGUUUCUCUAGCCGGUUUUGCUGGGGCUUGUUACAGAAACACUUUUCUCAUGUACCUUUACCUGUGGGCCAUGUUCUUCAUCAUUGCUAUUCUUAUUGGCUUCAUCAUCUUUGCUUAUGCUGUCACUGAUAAGGGCUCGGGUCGACCCGUUUUGAACCGGGCAUAUUCCGAGUAUUACCUCCAGGACUAUACUGGGUGGCUGGAGGAGAGGGUCACAACUCAGAGCUAUUGGUCAAAGAUCAGUUCUUGUGUUAGGGAUUCUCAUGUUUGUGGGAAGAUGGGAAGGUCUGUUAAUGGAAUCCCUGAGACUGCUGAUAUGUUUAACCUCAGAAAGCUCAGUCCUAUUGAGUCUGGAUGCUGCAAGCCCCCCACAGCAUGUGGCUAUAUUUAUGGGAAUGAGACAUACUGGACCCCUGGAACGGGACUCGUUGGAGCUGACCCAGAUUGCGCUAGAUGGAGCAAUGACCAAGAGCAACUCUGCUACAACUGUGACUCUUGCAAAGCGGGUGUACUAGCCAGCCUGAAAAAGAGCUGGAGGAAGGUUUCUGUGAUCAAUAUCGUCAUAUUAAUCUUCCUAGUGAUCAUGUACGUGGUAGCCUGUGCAGCAUUCAGGCACAACAAACGUAUGGACAAUGACGAACCUUAUGGUGAAACCAGGAUGGAGAAGGCACAACCUAGCAGGAUACAUUUUUAGGAGACUGAAAACAAGACGGCAAAGUUAAAAAAUGCAGCUUUUAUGGCUUGAUCACCUUAGGCUUCUUAGAAAGUUAUUUGUUGAUAUGCCUUUUCUCUUGACCAUACCAACUACAAAUCACUAAAUCUUGUAUGGUGUCAUUGGUGUGCGUGUUUCUUUUUCUUUUUAUAUAUACUAAAUAUCCUUGUGCUUUACUUUCAUAUAAAAUGGACGAGUUUUCAGGAAUC